AUGCCGCCAUACACUGCCGCCCAGAAGCAGCAAAUAACUCAGUUUGUGAGCUUCACACAGGCCAAUAAUACAACAGCUGCAAAGUUUCUGAGGCAAAGCCGAUGGAACACUGAAGAGGCUAUCGAUGCAUUUAAAAACCGCAUUGCACCGGCGUCUAUGGGCUUGAUCUUCCGCCCUUGUGCAACUGCUGGUGUGCGCGAAGCAGUGCUUCGAAUAUCAAUCUUCCAAAAGCUAAUACCGGGCUUGCCCGCUGGUAAUGAUGCACUGGCGGACUGGGUCUUGUAUCUCUAUGGCUUCACGUUUCUGCUAAAAGAGUUUCGUGAUUCACCGGAAGAAAAUCCAGAUACUAUUGGCAUUGAAGGCGCCAUGCGCUACCUAGGGGAUAUUGAGGUCGAGCUAGAUGAGGUUACUUGUCUCGCCAUUGCUGAGCUUCUCCAAUCACCGUCCAUGGGUGAAUUUACCCGCGAAGGCUUCCUAAACGGCUGGAGAUCCGUCCAAUGCGACUCCAUCGCCAAAAUGGCCGCCCAUGCGGCAAACCUCCGUACACGCAUCCCAUCGGAACCCGACCUCUUCCGCCGAGUUUACCGCUACACAUUUCCCCUCUGCCUAGUGCAGGGCCAGCGCAACCUGCAAUUCGAAAUCGCCGUUGAACAGUGGAAUCUUUUCUUCACGACGCCAAAGGGCGGGAUUGCCUGGAACACGACGACAACUCCCUGGUUGGACUGGUGGGUUGAGUUCCUUGAAGAACGCGGCAAAAAGCCCGUCAACAAGGAUUUGUGGCAACAGGUCGAAGUUUUUAUGCGCAAAACCCACGAGGACGAGGCUUUUGGGUGGUGGAGUGAGGACGGGGCUUGGCCUGGAACGCUGGAUGACUUCGUUGCUUGGGUUAGGAAGAAGAGGGGGGAUGAGGGAGCUAUGGAGGAAUGA